AUGGAGCCAAAAAAGGUUGAAGAAGCAUUGAGUGACGAAAAUUGGAUAGUUGCCAUGCAAGAGAAACUUAAUCAGUUCACAAAGAAUAAUGUGUGGGAAUUAAUGCCUAGAAAACCUGAGUUACAAGUUAUAGGUACAAAAUGGGUCUUCCAGAAUAAGAUGGAUGAUUCUGGUGAAAUCAUAAAGAACAAGGUUGAGCAGCCACCUGGAUUUGAAGAUUUUGAAUAUCCUGAUCAUGUUUACAAGCUGAAAAAGGCCUUAUAUGGAUUAAAGCAAGCUCCAAGAUCAUGGUAUGAAAGGUUAAGUGAAUUUCUUAUGAAGAAAGGAUACUCAAGGGGAAAGUUUUCGAAAGUCAUGCAGGAAGAGUUUGAAAUGUCUAUGAUGGGAGAAUUGACAUAUUUCCUAGGACUACAAGUGAAGCAAACCACAGAUGGGAUAUUCAUCCACCAAUCUAAGUACUGCAAUUAUCUUUUGAAAAGAUUUAAGAUGACAAAAUGCAAAGAUGUUGCUACACCAAUGGCAACUAACUGUUACUUGGAUCUAGAUGAAGCUGGAAAAAAUGUAGAUCAAAGAAUGUUUCGAGGUAUGAUCGGUUCACUACUUUAUCUUACUGCUAGUAGGCCUGACAUAAUGCAUAGUGUCUGUCUAUGUGCUAGAUUUCAAUCUGCUCCUAAAGAAUCACAUCUUAUUGUUGUUAAAAGAAUUUUGAAAUACCUCAAAGGUACAAAAAAUCAUGGACUAUGGUAUCCAAAUGGAUCAAAUCUUUUUCUAAACGGAUAUAGUGAUUUUGACUUUGGGGGUUGUAAGUUAGAUAGGAAAAGCACUAGUGGCACAUGUCAUUUGCUUGGUUCAUCUCUGAUUUCUUGGAAUUCAGAGAAACAAGCUUGUGCGGCUUUAUCUACCACAUAA